AUGGGCGGCGGCUUGGUCUUCACCGGCAUGCCGCGGAGGAGAGAGGUACUCGGAACCGGAAUCAUUCGAUGGGCAAAGGUCGUCAAUCCCGAUGGGUCGGUGACUUGGCAAGAGGCGCAACCUACAUCAACUGUCAAUUCCAACAAGGAGGAGAAGGGUACCCAAACCGAGAAGCAAGUCCUUGAGAGACCCAGUUGGAUCGACUACAAAAAAGAGUCCAGUGUCCGAGUCAGCAAGCGACGUGCCACUGAUGUCGUGGAGUGGAAAGCAAAGGAACUGAAGGUCGAGGCAAGACCUACCCGCGCUUUCAGCUUCAAGACAGAAGAGAAGGAGAUCUUGCGGACGGAGAAGACCAGCGAUAGUAAAGUCUGCUUCAACACUUCAACUCAGGAUGACAAGAAGGAGGGCUUUGUUGCUGGACUCGCCACAAAAUUCGGCAGCACCACCAAAUUCGAAGCUUUGCCCCUGAAGAAGGCGAGCGCCGAGACACAGUCAGCACGCCCUCUUAUCGAACGGAGGAAUGCUGAAGACCUCCACUCCAACAAGUUGAAAGCCCAGGAUUCCCGCUCCCACUGGUCAACACAAUCAGACCCCAAGCAAGGAGAAUCCGACGCCGAACUCGCCCUCCGUCUCGCCAACACCGAAAAGAUUUUCCGCCAACAAGAACAAAAGAUCCAAGCGGCGCUUGACCGGAUCCGUGAUUUGGAGAGACAACUUGCGACCGGCUUUGCUACCUCCACCCCCGAGUCAGAUGACACGCAAAGCAAGACAUCAUCAUCUGAGGUCACCGAAAACGACUCGAUCGCUGCCGGCGGGCGCGAAGCAGGGCCGCACUUUAGAACCCUUGUGGGAGAGAUCUCAACCUCCAUGUCUGCAACAACAAAAGGUCCGCUCCCCUUCUCCCGUGAUGAACCGCAUUAUCGGGUUUUGACCGUCAACAGCAGCAAACCGCAGCUUUGCACCGUCGACGAAGUAAACCACCACCACGAACUGGAGGGUAGCACCGGCGAGAUAAGCGACAACAGCCGGACGCCUAGCCCUAUAGAGGUCGACGCCACGGAAAAGCAGCAAGAGCAGCAAGAGCAGCCAAGAUCUCCAGCUCCGUGUGUCCAACAGCUUGAUCCAAUCGUCAACGACGCUCCUCGCAGUCAUACCUACCGAAAACUCCGAGUCAUCAACACCAACACCCCAGCCACAAUCUUGAACCUCAAGCCCAACACCCCAACAUGUGCAAUCAACAUCCCACAUACCAGGGACACAUCCCCAAGGCCAAGGACAAGGACAUUCCCAUGGACAAGCGCAAGCAACACCCACGGCAAGCAUCUGCGUCCGCCCCAGACCCCCACCAAGAUCCGUAUCCAUCUUCAAGAAACUGCAAAGAAUUCGCCCACUUACACCAAUCCCCGAGGAGCCGUGCUCGUUGAAGAGAAGGCCGAGGGUCGUGAGGACGAGGAGGAUGUCGAGGAGUAG